AACAUGGCCUCACACCACCGAUCCUCCGGUGGACAGGGGAAGAAAAAAGUUCAGGUGUCGUUUGUGAUUCGAGAUGAGGUAGAACGGCAUCACAGAUCAGGAGUCAAUGCCCUCCAGUUUGAUCCUGUAUUUAAUAGACUUUACACUGCAGGACGUGACUCAAUCAUCAGGAUAUGGAACACAAGGGCAAACAAGGACCCCUAUGUUUUGUCUAUGGAGCAUCACACAGACUGGGUCAACGACAUUGUACUGUGUUGUGGAGGAAGAACAUUGAUUUCUGCAUCCAGUGACACAACUGUCAAAGUCUGGAAUGCCCAUAAAGGUUUCUGUAUGUCAACUCUUCGCACACACAAGGAUUAUGUAAAAGCACUGGCUUAUGCCAAGGAGAAAGAGCAAGUAGCAUCGGCUGGAUUGGACCGGUCAAUCUUUCUCUGGGACGUGAACACACUCACUGCUUUAACAGCUAGCAAUAACACUGUAACAACCUCUAGUUUAAAUGGGAAUAAGGACUCCAUAUACAGUUUGGCAAUGAAUCCUCCUGGAACUGUUAUUGUAUCCGGGUCAACCGAGAAAGUGCUCCGUGUUUGGGAUCCCCGAACCUGUCAGAAAUUAAUGAAGCUGAAAGGUCACACAGACAACGUCAAAGCUUUGGUGCUAAAUCGGGAUGGUACACAGUGUUUGUCAGGAAGUUCUGACGGGACAAUCCGUCUCUGGUCACUAGGACAACAGCGCUGUGUGGCAACCUUCAGAGUCCAUGAUGAAGGGGUGUGGGCGCUACAGACAAAUGAAGGCUUCUCUGUGGUAUAUUCUGCUGGUCGAGACAGACGAGUCUGGGCUACCGAUGUACGGAAUCCAGAUUAUAGGGCUCUUGUUUGUGAAGAAAGUGCCCCCAUAUUGAAGUUGGAGCUAACACAUACAGACCAGCCAUCACUUUGGAUAGCUACCACAGAUUCCUGCAUCAAAUGCUGGCCUCUACAGAAAAUCAGCUCUAGAUUAUCAGGUGGAUACGACAAUGAUGGUCUUAGUCCAAUGUAUACACAACCAGACUUCACUAUCAAAGGUGGACCAAGCAUACGACAGUAUUUUGUUUUAAAUGACAAGCGACACAUAUUGACCAAAGAUACAGAAGACAAUGUGGCAUUAUGGGAUGUUUUAACGGCAAGAAAAAUAGAAGAGCUUGGAAAAGUGGAUUUUGAAGAGGAAAUUAAGAAAAGAUUUAAGACAGUAUUUGUCCCCAACUGGUUCUCUGUGGAUUUGAAGACAGGGUUACUCACCAUACACUUAGAUGAAUCUGAUUGUUUUGCCGCCUGGAUGUCGUCUCGGGAAUUAGGAGCAGGACUGACCCCAGAAGGAACUGACCCUAAAUUAAACAUUGGUCAAGAACUCCUUCAGGCACUGCUGGAACACUGGCCUAAAACACAUGUAUAUGAAAACCAAGAGGGUAUGAAUGGUAUUAUGGAGAAAAGCCAGUCUGCACCACUAUUUCAGGUUCCAGGCCAUACUCCUGUCAUCUUCUGUGAGAUUGGAGGUAGAACGUUAUUCCGAUUGCUGUGUCGAGACGCUGCCGGAGAGACUGAACAGAUGCUGCUAAAUGAAACAGUGCCGUCUUGGGUUGUUGAUGUUAUUGUACAUAGAAAUGCACCAAAAUCUAAUAAAAUUCCUUUCUUCCUUCAACCUCACCCGAGUACUGGGAUAAAAACCAUUAAAAAGGACAGGCUCUCAGCCAGUGAUAUGAUCCAAGUGAGAAAAGUGAUAGAACAUGUGUAUGAAAAAGUCUUAGGUCAAGGGUCAGAAAAUGGGUGUCAAACCAAUAGUGCUGGUGGAGAGCGUGCAGAGCCAGUGGAAAAAGAGGAGCCAGAUCUGUCGUCCGUGGCUGAGGAAAAAGUGGAGUUAAUAUGCAAUGAACAGAUUCUUGAUUCUAGCAUGGACCUAAGAACUGUGAAACAUUUCUAUUGGAAACAAACAGGUGAUCUGACUUUACAUUAUCGACCACUUCAGAAGGUAUGACCCAGGCUUUCAUGGACUCGAGGGUAACCAGACAAGGUUGUUUAAAUGUUUCCUUUGAUGGCUGUGUUGGGAACAGAACGACGUGUGAAAUACACUCAAAAAGCAUGUCCACAAAGUUGUGCAUUUAUGGUGUAGAUUUCUCGUAUGAGAAUUCCAUUAAAAUCAGAAGUUGUUGGUAAUAGUAGACUGUAGUUGGAAAAAGAUCUGUGAAAUUUUAAUGUGUUUAUAACUUACCUCUAACCUAUCUGUUUAAGGUCAGAAACUGUUGAGGAGUCUAAACCACAACAAACCUUACACAACAAAUGUAUUCAGAUGUUCAGGACACCUCUUGUUUUGUACCAGAUAGAUGUACCCGGUACUUUUGUUGAACAAAAUUCAAUUGGCAGGUGGGGAGGGGGAUGGGGCAUGUAGUGAUCACCAUAUCUGUUCAUUCCCUUCUCUCACUUACCGUCAUGUCUUAUUCUGGAUCAAUGUCAUCUCUUGAGAUUUGGGUCAUAUUUACUCCAAAUAUCAUAAGAUCAAAUCUUGCACCUGGCCAGAUUCUGCUUUUCUUCAUGGAUUUUGUGUCUUCUAGGCAUCUUCUAGCUUUUUCUUUCUAUUUUCAAUUAACGCAAGUUAACAUAAUUACAGCACAUUAUGCAUGCAAGAUUGAAAUAAAUCAUAUGACCUGGUAUUGUUAUUCUGUCUGGUGAGAUACAAGACUUUAAAGAUAUGCUUAAUUUCAUGUGAUGAAUGUUUAAGGAGAAAGACUAAGAGGGAGGAAGGAAAGUUUUAAAUAUUUGUAAGACCAGAAGUGUCUGUGACUUGGAUUUACUCUCAGAAAUCAUGAAAAUAUACUGUAAAUGUAAUCAUUCUAUUUGUGGGGAUCUAUUUUCAUUGAAUUUGUGAAUUCAUAUCUCCGUGAAAUGAUAAACAUGUUCAUUAUAUUGGACUUUGUGAUCAACGUCACCAAUGAAAAUGUAUAUUUUUGGAAAACCACCAAACUUGAGCCCCACGAAAAUAUAUAAUCUUACAGUAUUAAUGAUUCAAUAGUUCUGUUUGUCAUAUCCAACAUAUUGUCCCCUGGAAAAGUUUGCUCUGACUAAAAAAUCAGACACAUUUCCUAUCUGAUUUAGAUGUCUUGUAAAUUUAAUACACAUUUUUGCCACUGGUGACACAGAAUGGGCAUUUACAUAAUAAAUUGACUUUGCCAAGGUGUUGUGCAAUUCCUUUUGUAUUUGAAAUAUCAAUUAAGUUUUCUUAAUAAUCAGUUUAUUUAUAUUCUGUUUUAAUAUUAUUUCUCAAUAUUUUUGGGCAUUCUAGAAUAAAUGAAGUCCAGUUUUUAUUGUAGAUUUUGGCUGCAUACUGAAAAAUUAUAUGAAUUUUUGCCACUGAAAUAUUCCUGGUUUUUCAUAAAUGUUACUUUUUAUGGGCACAUUAUUUUGGUGAUGAAUUGGAAAUCUUCUUCAGCUAAUUUCAACCCUUAAUUUAUUCCUACACAUAAUUUGUGGAUUAGAAAUGCCCACAAAAAAAGAGAGAAAAUAUAGCUCAUGAAAGUUUAGAAUUUUACAGUAUUUUAUUGACAAUCUAGAAAAUUCAGAAACAAAGGUAUUCAUUUUUGAUGUUCAGUGUAUUCAGUCAUAUGUUUGUAAGUGUAGAAGCACAUCUGUCCAUUGUUAUUUUUUGUUUAUUUUAAACAAAGUUUAUUUGUUCAAAAUAAUGAUAAAAGGGUUUAGUACAAAUUAUCACUAUUUAAUGACGCCUUUUCCAAGAAUCAACAGUAGAAUUUUAUCAGAUAUGUGACAAUCAUUUGAUUUCGUUCUUUUGAAAAUUUUUCCGGAACUGCCAAUCUGCAGAGAUUCAUGAUCUGCUCCUAGCUGUUAAAAUAUCAUCUGAAAGUCAAUUUCAUUGUUAUCACUAUAACAUCUAUAUUUACUUACAUAAUGCUCUGUACCAUGUUCAAAUAUCAUUUCCAUUUUCAAACUUUGAACAAAUGGUUUUGAAAAUUUAAGCACCGAUCAAAAAUGAUAAAAUACCCGGCAUUCACACGACAUGGCGUGGUCGUGAUAUGGUCAAUGUGAGGUUGAUCUGAUAAAAUCAGACAAGUUUGCAAUACUGCUUAUCUUUCUUUGGUCAGGAAAAAAGACAUCAUUGUUUUAUUCUGUAAUGUUAACCAAACCCUGUGGCAUCACUUUCAUUGAUAACUUAUCUGUCAUUACAUGAUAGAGGUUGGGACCAAACAAAGAAACAUAUUUUCAGUAUGUGGAAAGUUUUAACACUGUAAUCACAAACAGGCCCCAGUUUUACGAAUCUUCCCCAAGUUUUCCUAAACUUAUAAUUGUCCAUAGGAAAGCGUUAUAUAAGUUGAGAAAUUUUCCUGAAGUUUUUCCGGUACCCCCUAAUGAUUUCCUAUGGAAUUUCAGAUUUCCUUAUGUUAAGGAAGAUUAAUGAAACUGGGGAUACUUGUUAUCCUUUAUUGUCACCAGAUUCCUGUACCCAACCCAGUGAUGAUUGAUUACAUGUGUGUUACAAUCCUGUCGUACUGUCAGCUUCAUGCUUUGGUACCAGAGUCUAUAUCUAAUCAGUACAUUUCACUCCUUGGUAUAAAAAUGUAUAAACAAAUGAAAGCAUUAAGGUUUGUGUAUACUAACGGCUUGAUAUUUUGGUUGAGUAGACCAGCUGUUUAUUUUAAACAUUUUAGCUACUACAGAUAAUUUUGUUUAGAAUCGCCAAUGAUUCACUGUCAUACUUAGUGUAGAAGAUAGCUUAUUUAUUUUUCAUGAAUUAUAAUCACAUAAAAUUUACCAUUUUGUACAUUCUCUCCGAUUCAUUUGUGGAUGCAGGCCACACGCCCACGCCCCACAAGUCCUAAUCUACAGUAUAUUUCCGGUGAAUUUCUUCAGUUUCUUAGAAGCAUCCUCUAUAUUCUAUAUGUAUAGGGGUCUUGGCUGUGACAGCUUGUUAGGAAAAUAUUAUUCUAGGAGGUGUUAUUUUUUUAGGGAUAUUGUUAUUCAGAAUUUUUGAAGCUUGAAAUUAAAGAGAGAAAACAAGAGUUGUUUAAUGACUUCCCUGACAAAUACUUCAUGUUUGCUUCAAAGUUUUAGUAAAAUAUUGAAAAUUAGAACCACCGAUAAAAACCUUCACAGUAACUGUAUUUGUUUGAUGACAGACUCAUUCACUUGAACUUUAAAAAAAGUUGACAUGUGAGAGGUUUAUAAGGAAACCCUCAUCCACAAUGCCUUGAUGAAUUCUAAUUUUGGUGUUAUUAGGGCCCUGUAUAAGAGAUGUUGGGGCCUUACAGAAAUUAGACUGUCUUUCUGUCGAAAAUAUGUAAUUCAUAGUAGGAAAGAAAUAUCUUGUAACUGUUUAUUAUGCCUCUUGAUUCUGAAAGUAAUUUUGCAAAUGUUCUACCUAGUUUUGAUAAAGGAGUAUAUUUUAUGUGACCACAAGAGAAUUUCAUGUGUGGCUAAUAUCUGACCACAUAUGUAUGGAUAAAUCUUGUCCAUAAUCCCACGUCUUACAGUACUGGUGACGCUGUGUCUUUAGUUUUAAUGGGAUGUAUGUCAAAAAUGUAUUUUAUCCAGGAGGAAAUGAAAUAGUGUACAUUUUGUUGAAGUUUCCUUCAAGUCAGGAAUUGUGAAACUGACUUACUGUGGAUUAAUUGUAAAUAAGCUAGGAUUAUGAAUUUGUAUAGUCAUUCCUUAUCUAUCCAGCUUGUACAUUGAUCAUCUGGACUUAUACAAUAACUUACUUGUUACAAAAAUCAUGU